AUUUGUUUAAUGAAAAUGUUGGCAGGAAAUCAAUCCCUAGAGCAAAAGUUAUUGAGCUUUCAGAAGACAAAAUAACAUGUCAGUUUCUCGUAACACAGUCAUCAACUUCGAAGUAAAAAAUAACAGUUUAAUGCUUUGUAGUGAAUCAUCUUUAAUUGUACGUCAUUCAGUAUCAUGCUGAGCUUUAGUACAUAGUGGAGAACAUUUGAUUACAAUCCGAAAUUUUAGAAUAAAAAAUGAUACUUAUCCGGAUCUAAAAUUUUCGUUUCCUUUAUUUUCUUCAAUAAGAGAUUAUAGUCAUGAUAUUAGAAUACUUUCAAUAAGUGUUCAGUGCAACAACUCAAUAAAAAUUCUAUCUCAAAGAACGAUACCCAACACAGGUACAUAAAAUUACUGUCUUAAAGUUAUUUAAGUAGAAUUCAUAAAUUAUACCUGUUUUAUAGUAUAGUUUCUGUAAAGAUCUCUUCUGAAUAUUAUAUUUUAAUUAAAUUCAAACGUCUUUAAUACUGUACGUUAAUAAGAAAUAAUAAAAUUUUCAGUAUUUUUUAUUGAAUUUGGCGUAAUUCUUUGGCAGAUCCAAAUUACGUUGAAUUACCAUAAUUUACUGCAUUUUUGCUAUAAUUUACCAUUGAAUACGGUAUUUCUACGAUGAAUUUGCUGCAUUUUACGGUUCAUGAAUAUACAUCACAUUAUUGCAAUUUAGAAGAAUGUCCAAUAAAAAAAUUGUUAAAACCUUGAAAAAGGGUAAAAAAUCAGGUUCUAUAAUUCCGAUUCCACAACCACCCCAAAAUUUCGUAGGUGCAACAAGCCUCCAAGAUUCAAAUGCACUGUUGGAAAAUCCGGCAGGUGUAUUAUCUGGCGUUGAACAAUCACAAGUAGUAACCAAAGUAUCUAAACAGUUGUUGGCACAGCUCCAAUCAGCAAAUUUGAUUGUACAAGCUGUCGAUGCCUCUACUUAUGAUGAUAUCGAUGAAACUCCAGAGGAACAGGUUGAAGAUGCUUCAACAGAUGCCAUGAAUCAUGAGGGUAGUUACCUAUUACCUACUGAGGACAGUAAUCAGCAAAUUUUAGAUUCAGAAAACCAAGGACAAAAUUUGUCCCAAGCUAAGGAACCGUCAAACAUGGAUUCCACUGCUGAUGGCGUCGAUCAAUCACCCGUAGUUGAAGAGUUGGAGAAUAACUUCGUUCUUCAACAUGGAGGGAUUUCUCUUCUAGCAAAUGAACUUUUAGAUUACGGACAUCCACAUUCAGAUCAAUGUUGUAGUGUUUGUAAAAUUACUUUGUCCUUGAUUUUACGUAUGGUCACGGAGAUUAAUGAACGAUUAAACAAUAUACCGCUCUUAUUAAAUAGUAAUCAACCACACAGUGUUCUACAAAACGACAACAAUCAUAUUUUACCGAAAUUCCCAAUUAAGAAGAGAAAACAGCUUGAAGAAUUCGAUAAACAACUAGAUGAAUCAGACGACGUGAAAAGUGCUUUUAGACAAGAAAUAAGCAAAAUAGGAGGUAAAAAUCCACAAAAAGGUACAAAAGCCAUCCUAGACCAUUUGUUGACUAAUAAGAUCGCGGCUAAAUCGUCGUGGACUGGUAUUCAUGGAGGAGUCAAGAUUAAAGAUACGGCUUUUGUAAAAAUUUUAACUGAUUUUUUGGUAUCAAAGUAUGGAUCUAGUCAUGCAGAAACUAAGGAUAAAGUGGAAGAUAGAAUUAAAGACUGGUUUCAGCGAGGUAGUGAUCGUUUGAAGGCGGAAGAAAAAAAAAUCAAGCAUAAAUCGUAUGGUGAAUUUUUCACCGGAUAAAAAAUACUAACAAUAUAUUACUUAAGUAUGUAACUGAAGAUCGGAACGUUUUUCGCACAACGAAAAUGAAAAAAAUGUAUGUAAUUUAACUAUACCAGGAGUAGUUUCGAAGAUCAGGAGUGACCUACAAUUUUCAGCUGACGUCCUAACACUGAUUCGAAACAUUUUAGAAAUUCAGAUUCGGUAUAUUAUUUACUUUCCAUUUUGGCUUUAGUAUUUUUGUCCUGCGGAAAAUGUUUCGAUCUUUAAGUACAUACUUAAGUAACUACAAUGUAAUCUUGGUAUAUAAACAUUUAUAGCUAAGAAUUAUUUAAGUACAUUUGCUCUAAGAGUUAAAAAAAAAUUAAACAUUGAUAAACUUCUAACAAUCAACAAUUACACUUGACUCGGGUCAAGUAGUAAGUUGAAACAGGAGAUUUAACAGUACUAUAAGUAUUAUCAUAAAUAUUGCAUUCAUUGCUUUAAUUAAAAGUUUUACGUGUUUUGAAAAAUGUGCCAAGUUUCCUUUUUGCUUUAAUAUUAAACAAUCUAACUGUGAUCUUAUGCUGUGCGAAAAUAAUACUAUCACAUAUCAUUAAUAUUAAAAUAAGUUAAAAAAAGCUAGACUGUUAUAUAUAUUACUUAAAAGAAAUAUAAAUAUUUAUAAUUUGUAGGUGAAGUCAUAGUUCUAAAUCAUAAAUAUAAGAUAUUUUUUUAAUUUAACAAGAAAAUAACUAUGGUACAAAAUUUUUAAUUACUACAAUUUACAAGAAAAAAUUUUAUUAACAUACUAGUAGGUAUAAAUAAGAGUUUCAAAAGUACUGUUACUAUUAUCUUAAAUAAGGUAAAAGACUCAAGUACCUGAUCACUCAUUUAUUUGUAUAUCUAUAUUUACUAAACUUUACUAAUUAUAGAUAUACAAGUACAUGGAAUGAUCGGGUACUAGGUCUUUUAUUUUCUUGCAUCAAUUACUUUGAUUAAAAGUAUUGCGUGUUUUA